AUGGUCCGAAGACGUUUUAUGUCCAAAGGCAAUGCAACAUUUGUUGACGGAUUGGAUAAAACCGCCUUGAAACAAUAUGUUAAGCAGAACCUUUUAUUUCGACGUACAGCCAUGCUCGGUAACAUAUUAAAUGAUGUAUUGGAUCAUGAACAAGAUUCUUUGCAACCUAGUUCACACAAAAUGAAAAAAAAAGGCGGACGACGUCGUGCUAAACCUAUUGAUCGAACGAAUAUCAGUGCAGAAGAGCUUGAAUAUCAGCGUUUACUCAACGAAAUUAGAGAGGCUGAGGAAUACGAACUUGUCGUUGAACGUGACAAUAGCAAGCUUUGCGAGGAUGGUUGCCUCAUUCCAGGCAUCAACUUGUCAGAGAGGAGCAAAUCACAGACACAAUCUACAACGAGCAAAUUCUCCAAUAAUUUGUCGCGUACUUCAGACAGAUUAUCAGGAUUUGGGAACAUUUAUAAAAAAGUGAUACAAGAAAAUAAAGUGAUCAAGGGAAACUCCAGCAAGCUAAAGCAUUCUACUGGUUUAGUGCUGGAAGAAAAUGAAAAUCGUUGUGACAUUAUAAGAUCACCUUUGAUCUUCGUUGUUCAUCCAUCGGAGCCAAUAACGUCAACUCCUCUUCAGGCCACUGGAUCUGUGGACACACCGCGUUUUCGCCAAAAUAUGUUUAAAUUUGCCGAAGGUGAGCAGUUGAGUCCAGUAAUUCUUGACAGGAAAGACGUCGUCUGUGAUAGUACUGAAAAGGCAAUACCAACAACCUGCUUACGAUCUGCAAAACCUAGUUUUGAUGAGAAUGAGGAAGCGCAAAGAAAAUCGGGCGCAGAAACGAAUAAUUGUAAUCGGUCGGGCAAUGAAGCAGGGAUUUUGACAGCGCUUCAGAAAACAUCCCCUCAGCUUACAAUUCUUAACUCACCUGGUCGAUGGGGGUUCCAAAAUGAAGAAUAUGUGUGCGAAGAUGUCACGGUUUGUGCAUCCCUGCAAGGUGAUAAGAGUCUAUCGCUGUGUGAUGGUUCUGAGGAUAAUAGACCAUUCUAUUUAAAUGGCUUUCCUUGGACAACACAGUAUGCUAGAAGGCGUAAUUAUAAGCAAGAACUUUUCCAUCUUUGCAUUCAAAAAACUAUUCAGCCUUGGCGGCUCUCAAUGCUUGAUUUAUCGAGUCCGAUAAAGCUUGGAGAAGGAACAUUCGGCGAAGUUUUCCGAGUCAAUUACAAAGGGGAAAUUGUUGCGCUCAAAGUGAUUCCUAUCGGUGGUACCAAAAUUGUUAAUGGAGACAAGCAAAAAUCAUUCCGCGACAUUACCGCAGAACUAAUAGUUUCGAAGGAAUUAUCAGAUCUGAAACACGCUGAGGAUGGUUAUUCCACGCAGGGCUUUAUUCAUUUAAGAGGAGCUAUGGUUGUUAAAGGAUCGUACCCAAAAUCUUUAGUUACCGCAUGGGAGCAUUACGACAAACGCAUGAAGUCCGAAAAUGAUCAUCCGUUCAUUUUUAGCUCUAGUCAACAUUUUUUACUUUUGGCUUUCGAAGAUGGUGGAAUUGACCUGGAAAAAUAUGUGAUUGCUAAUGUUUCGCAAGCGUACAGCAUUAUUUACCAAGUCCUUGUGGCACUUUCUGUGGCGGAAUAUCGACUCUCAUUUGAACAUCGUGACCUCCAUUGUGGCAAUAUUCUCAUACGAAAUGUGCAGUUUGAUGCCGCUAUCAAAGCGAAUUAUAAUGGUACUGAAGUUAGUGUUCCUACGCACGGUGUGGAAGUGAAAAUUAUCGACUUUACUCUUUCCAGAAUGUCUAAAGGAACGUCAACGAUUUUUUUUGAUUUGGCAAGAGACGACGAAUUAUUCACAGGUGAAAAUUGUUUACAGUAUGAGAUCUAUCGUGCGAUGCGCAUGGUGAACAAGAACAAUUGGUUUCCUUUUUGUUCUGUGACAAAUGUGAUGUGGUUAAUAUAUCUCGUACGCUAUUUAUACGACAGUAUGGAUGAAAAGAAUAUUGGUAACCGGAGUGAAAGGAAGAAUUUCAUUUACCAUUUCAAAGAUUUGCAUCGCUAUGGCAGUCUGUCUGAGUGGUUAGCAGAAAAAGCCGAUAGCAAAAAUGAUUUUAUAAGAAUUGUCAAUGAAAAUUAUCAAACAACGGAAGUUUAA